UGGAAUAAAUGAUUACUCAUACCAUUCUAGAAUCAAUAGCAUAAAUUUAUUAAAUAUCGUGUUAUAAAUCAUUUAUAAUUUAUCUGGAUUAUUAUAAUCAGUGGUAUUAGAUUACUGCAAAUUUAUAUUUCGAUGGACCUGUGAUACACUCACAUCAUGGCCAUCUUCAAAUACACAGCUUUACUCGUUCUAUUUGUUGGAACCUGCUUGGCGUUGCCAAGUCCAGCACUGCAAAAGCUAGAUGAUGGAUUUCGGUAUCAAUACGCAGAGGAUUCUGAUGGCAACAUUCACCUCGUCGACACGUGGCUGACUUUAGACGAUGUUGCUGCAGCGGCGAGAUAUGAUCCAGCACGUUCUAACGUCUACCAUUUGUUUACUAGAAACAAUCCGACUAUUAGUCAGCCGUUGCUGAUGGGAAAUGCUGGUGUUCUGGCAUCGAGUAACUACAGAAGCAAUAGGCGAACGAUUGUACUACUGCAUGGUUGGAGGAACUCGGCCACGUCUGAUUUUAAUACCGUACUUAUUCCUGCGUUCCUUGCCGCCGAAGAUGUAAACAUCAUUGUGGUCGAUUGGAGUGUUGGUGCCAGUUCCUUAAGCUACAGACUUGUGAUUGCCAACACAAUAGCAUCAGGCAGAGCCGUCGCAGACUUCAUCUCGUGGAUCAACCAACAGACUCAAGCUAGUUUAGUGCAGUACCAUAUCGUCGGUCAUGGCUUUGGCGGGCAUCAAGCGGGUAUUAUCGGUAGAAAUUUAGGAGGACAAGUUGCUUAUAUUACUGGCUUGGACCCAGCUCUCAUAGGAUGGGUGAACAACGUCAACCGUUUCCAACCUCAAGACGGUCGCUACACGGAAGUUAUUCACACUAAUUACGGCAUUAACGGAUAUUUGGGAGAUCUGGCACAAGUUGACUUUUACCCCAACGGUGGAAUAUCAAUGCCAGGUUGCGAUUCCCAUGCCUGUGACCACGCCAGGAGUUUCUUCUAUUUUGCUGAGUCCCUCGUAUCAGGUGGCUUCACUGGGAGACAGUGUAUAAAUUAUUACGCUGCUGUUCUUGGCAUGUGUGAUGUUCUACCUGGCAGGCUUCAGAUGGGUGGACUGAGACCUAAAUUUGGAAGCGCUGGCGUGUACCUCUUGGAAACAAACGCCGCACCUCCAUUUUCAAAAGGAUAAAGAGAAAAUGAUUAAUUUGUUGAGAUUUUAUUUAUAAAAACAACUUAAAUAUACUUGAAUAAUACGAUCUUAAAGCAAUAAA